CAAUCAAAAGAGUCGAUUCGUAAAUAGGAGAUAAUGCAGUGUAUGCCAGUGUCUAUAAAUGUACAAAUCUAAUACAGGAGUCUCAGUUGAAGAAUUCCAGUAUUUUGUGUUUGAUUUUCUACAAGAGUGAUAAGUGAAGAUAUACGAUGCCUCCAAGUCAAUUCACCACGACCAACACGAGGCCUUCUCUACGUGUAGCUCUGAUUGGCCAGAGUGCUUUUGCUGUUGAUGUUUUUCACAGAUUGAGGGAACAUGGUCAUACCAUUGUUGGCAUAUUCACCAUACCUGACAAGGGAAAAAGGGAGGACCCAUUAGCUAAAAUCGGAAAUGAAAACGAAAUACCAGUAUUCAAACUGAAAUCUUGGAGGAAGGCUGGGAAGAUUCUACCAGAAGUCUUCGAGAAGUACAAAACGGUUGAAGCUGAUCUGAAUGUUCUUCCAUACUGCUCCCAGUUUAUUCCCAUGGAAGUCAUCAACUACCCAAGACUGAAAAGUAUUUGCUACCACCCUUCCAUUCUACCUAGACAUAGGGGAGCGAGUUCAAUAAAUUGGACCAUAAUUUGUGGCGAUAAGAAAGCUGGUUUGAGCAUUUUCUGGGCUGACGAUGGAUUGGAUACUGGUCCUAUUUUGCUCCAAGAAGAAACAGAGCUUUUGGAAGAUGACACCGUGGAUACCAUAUACAAAAGGUUCUUGUAUCCUGUGGGAGUAACUUCCGUUGCCAGGGCUGUUGAUAUGAUUGCAGAAGACACAGCACCCAUGAUCCAACAGAGUGAAAAAGGUGCCACCUAUGAUCCCAUGUUGAAUAAAACGGAGCUUCAAAUGAUCGACUUCAAGAAAACGGGAGAUGAACUCCACAAUUUCAUCAGAGGAAUGGACUCCGUACCUGGAGCGAAGUGUUUGAUGAAACUCCCAGGUUCUGAAGAAUUUCAAGAAGUUUCACUAUUUGGCUCUUCCGUAUGGGGACCGUCGGCCACUGAAGGUGAAAAAAUUGAAAUACAAGGCAAUCAGCCCGCCAUCUUACACGACGAAGGCCUGCUGAUUUCCGGCAGCGAUGGUGUAUACGUCAACGUCAAAAGAGUCAAGGUCAAUGGACGAAUGAAGAUGGCAGCAACUCUGGAUCAGGUUGGCCAGCAGGUGAAAAUAGAGUACACCAAAGAUGAGAAGAAUCUCAUCGAGUCUGCCAGGGAAAUUUGGGAAAACAUUCUGAGUGUGGAUAUCGAUGACGAUACUGAUUUUUUUGCAGCUGGUGCUGGUUCUAUGGAUGUUGUUAGGUUGGUGGAAGAAGCUAAAGAUGUCUUCAAAAUCGAACUAGAUAAUGAAGACGUUUUCAUGGCUCCAGUAUUCGACGAAUUCUGUCUCAACUGUAUUCUUAAAACGAGAGGAGGACUUGGAUCUGCAGAUAUAGAAUAUAGACCAGUCAUUUUAGAAGCUAAUGGAAAAAGCUUGAAGUUCCCCUGUCAAUUGUUCAUUGAUGGAAAAUUUGUGGAUGCAGAAGAUUGCAAAGUGACGCAGACUAUAAAUCCAGCUAACGAAAAGAUCAUUUGUGAGGUGCAAUGUGGGUCUGUCAAAGAUGUUGAUAGGGCUGUGAAGGCUGCAAAGAAGGCAUUCGAAAAAGGAGAAUGGAGCAAAAUAAGUGCUAGAGAAAGGGGACAGAUGCUCUAUAGAUUGGCAGACCUGAUGCAUCAGCAUCGUGAGGAGUUGGCAACAAUUGAAUCAAUUGAUUCUGGGGCAGUUUACACCCUAGCCCUUAAAACUCACGUAGGAAUGAGUAUUGAAACCUGGAGGUACUUCGCUGGAUGGUGUGAUAAAAUACAAGGAUCAACCAUACCGGUGUCUCAUGCAAGGCCCAACAGGAACCUAACAUUCACAAGAAAGGAACCAAUAGGGGUUGUUGGCCUCAUCACCCCAUGGAAUUAUCCCCUCAUGAUGUUAUCCUGGAAAAUGGCCGCCUGUCUUGCUGCAGGAAACACGGUGAUCAUAAAACCAGCUCAGGUCAGCCCCCUGACAGCUCUGAAAUUCGCUGAAUUGUCAGUCAAAGCCGGGAUUCCACCAGGUGUCAUCAAUGUUGUUCCUGGAACAGGUUCAGUAACAGGACAUGCCCUAGCCUCUCAUCCAGAUGUGAGGAAAUUGGGUUUCACCGGAAGUACUGAGAUCGGGCAAGUCAUAAUGAAAACUUGCGCUGAUUCGAAUUUGAAGAAGGUUUCCUUGGAAUUGGGUGGCAAAUCGCCGUUAGUGAUAUUCUCAGACUGUGAUUUAGAUAAGGCUGUUAGAAUAGGUAUGCAAAGUGUUUUCUUCAAUAAAGGAGAGAACUGUAUAGCUGCUGGAAGGUUGUUUGUAGAAGAUAAAAUUCAUGAUGAGUUCAUCAGAAGAGUAGUUUCUGAGACCAAGAAAAUAGCUAUAGGGGACCCAUUGAACAAAUCAACCGCUCAUGGUCCUCAGAACCAUUUGGCUCACUUGAAUAAGCUUCUGGACUUCGUUGAAAUGGGUAAAAUGGAAGGAGCAAAAUUAGAAUAUGGAGGUAAAAGACUGGACAGACCUGGUUACUUCUUUGAGCCUACUAUAUUCAGUCAUGUUGAAGACAACAUGAAAAUCGCCAAAGAAGAAUCUUUCGGGCCAAUAAUGAUCAUCAGUAAAUUCAAAAAUGGAGACAUUGAUGGUGUCCUGCGAAGAUCUAAUGCAACAGAGUACGGCCUAGCCUCUGGAGUAUUCACUAAGGACAUCAGCAAAGCUCUGAAGUUUGCCGAGAAAGUGGAUGCUGGAACGGUAUUCAUUAAUACUUACAACAAAACUGACGUUGCUGCACCAUUCGGAGGAUUCAAACAAUCAGGAUUUGGCAAAGAUCUGGGAGCUGAAGCCCUUAAUGAAUACCUGAAAACGAAAUGUAUAACUGUGGAAUAUUAAGGAUUAGUAGUUAGUUAAGAUAUACCUACUUUAAGUGAUGGAAACGUUUAUUUUAUUUAUUUAUUAAAAUAAUUUUUUUCAUAAAA